AUGCCCAGCAAUACUGCAAUGGCAAUUGGGGCUCUCUCUAGUUCCCUUCUUGUGACCUGCUGCCUGAUGGUUGCUCUCUGUAGCUCCACUACACCUCUGCAAAAACUGACCAAGGCUCAAGACAAGCAGGAAAUUAAAGCAAGCCAGGAAAAGAGGGACCACACAUCAGCCCGGGAAAGCCAGAAUCAGACUGGACCAGGGAAAAUGAAUGAAAUGGGCAGAAAUGGGAGGGAGGAAAGUGCCAGAGACUGGAAGAGCAAAAUCAACCGAAAUUAUGCUAACAAAGAAUCUUGGACAAAGCAAAAACAGGCUCUGAGUAGCCAGGCAACAAGCAGUAAGUUUGGAAGCCUCCAAGCCCAAGAUCAAAUUGAUGCUGCUCGGGAGGAACUUCCAGCCGCCGAAGAUCCCUCCCUUUUGGAUGUUGUUGCUAGCAUGACCCCUGAACCUCCAGAGGAAUACGCUUAUCCAGAUUACCGUGGAAAAGGCUGUGUGGAUGAGAGUGGCUUUGUUUAUGCUAUUGGGGAAAAGUUUACUCCAGGCCCAUCUGCAUGCCCUUGCCUUUGCACUGAAGAGGGUCCUCUGUGCAUUCAACCUGAGUGUCCUAGACUCCAUCCUCGUUGUAUUCAUGUAGACACUAGUCAGUGUUGCCCACUGUGCAAAGAAAGGAAAAACUACUGUGAAUUUCGUGGGAAAAUCUAUCAGACAUUGGAAGAAUUCAUGGUUUCACCUUGUGAGAAAUGCCGCUGCGAAGCUGAUGGUGAGGUAGUGUGUACGGUGUCUGCUUGUCCCCAGACUGACUGUGUAGACCCUGUAUAUGAACCGGAUCAGUGCUGUCCCAUCUGCAAAAAUGGCCCCAACUGUUUUGCAGAGACCACAGUCAUUCCAGCAGGUCGGGAGGUGAAAACUGAUGAAUGCACUAUAUGCCACUGUACUUACGAAGAAGUUACUUGGCGAAUUGAACGGCAAGCUAUGUGUACCAGACAUGAAUGCAAGCAAAUCUAG